GUGAAAGUUACAGCAGGGCCUUAAAGGAAGCAUGAUGAAGCUAAAAUGACUGAGGUUUAAGGAAAGAAGUCCCAAGAGCUUGCUGUUCUUGCUUUUGCUUCCUCAAUAUCAUCGUCUGACAGUCACUUCAGCGCCCUCUUAUUUUUUCCCUGUGUUCAGGAUAUGAUAGAGUGAUAUUAACGCUAUCUGUCAACCUGUCACGUCAGAGUUUGGCAUCUUUCUAAUCGGUUGUAGAAAUUCAUUUAGUCUGCAAUGGUCUCUGCCAGGCUGUUGGUGCUGUCCCUCUUUAGUGCGUCUCUGGUUGGGUCUCAGCCCACCGAGAGUUCACAACAGGUUUCAAGCCCUCCUGCUCAUCCUGCAGGGGAACCAUCUCUGAGUAUCGAUAACCUGUCCUUCCCCUGGAGUCGUCUUCGCCUACCAAAGUACAUCAUUCCUCUUCACUAUCACCUCCUCCUGCACCCCAACCUCACAAGUCUAAGUUUCACUGGCUCAGUGCAGAUUCAGAUUGAUGUGCAGAACAAUACAAACUGGGUCGUAUUACACAGCAAGGGUCUUCAGAUCUCCAAAGCCACCAUAUUAGACCAGAACCUCGCUCAUCUAUCAGAACAGGUCCUCCCAGUUCUUCAUAACCCUUCCCAUGAGCAGAUAGGCAUUUUUUCUCCCAGAGUGCUCAGCAGUGGGCAGAAGUAUUUCCUGUAUAUUGAGUUUGGAGCAGAACUUGCAGAAGGUUUCUAUGGCUUCUAUAAGAGCACCUACAGAACCAGUACAGGAGAGACCAGAACCUUGGCUUCAACUCACUUUGAGCCUACGAGUGCUCGAAUGGCAUUCCCUUGUUUCGAUGAGCCAAGCUUCAAAGCCAAUUUCUCUGUACGAAUUAGGAGACGUCCCGAGUACAUUUCUUUGUCCAACAUGCCAGUAAUCAAAACAGUUGAAGUCAGCGGCGACUUGCUUGAGGACCAGUUUGCUCCAAGUGUACAGAUGAGUACUUACCUCGUGGCGUUUGUCAUUUGUGACUUUAAGUCUGUCACUGGAACAACAUCCUCUGGGGUGCAGGUUUCCAUCUAUGCAGCCCCAGAGAAGUGGCAACAAACCCACUACGCCCUGGAGGUUGCUGUUAAAAUGCUAGACUUCUAUGAGGAGUUUUUCAACAUCCGCUAUCCUUUACCCAAACAAGAUCUGAUAGCCAUUCCAGACUUCCAGUCUGGUGCUAUGGAAAACUGGGGUCUGACCACCUACAGAGAGACCAGUCUUCUCUACGACCCCCUCACAUCCUCUGUUUCUGAUAAACUCUGGGUUACAAUGGUCAUUGGCCAUGAGCUCGCCCAUCAGUGGUUUGGCAACCUGGUGACCAUGGAGUGGUGGAACGAUAUCUGGCUGAAUGAAGGAUUUGCCAGAUACAUGGAGUACAUUUCUGUGGAAGCCACUUACCCGGACCUCAAAGUGGAGGAAUAUCUGCUGCACACCUGCUUUGCAGCUGUGGGUCACGAUUCAUUGAACUCCUCUCGGCCAAUAUCUAGCCCAGCAGAGAACCCCACUCAGAUCAAAGAGAUGUUUGACACAGUCUCUUAUGACAAAGGCGCUUGUGUCCUGCACAUGCUGCGACACUUUCUGACAGAUGAAGUGUUUCAGAGAGGGAUCGUGCGAUACCUCCGCAAGUACAGCUACAAAAAUGCACACAAUCAGGAUCUGUGGGACAGUCUGGCCAACACCUGCUCAGAGGAGGACUUCAUCUCAGGGAAACACUGUUACAGCAGUAGCCAGGCCUCCAAAAAUGCAUACCUGUUUGCUGGGGAACAUUUGAACCUAACAGCCAUGAUGAACACGUGGACUCUGCAGAAAGGUAUCCCUCUGGUAACUGUGACGAGGAAGGGGGCUCGUCUGCUGCUUAGACAGGACAGAUUCCUGAGGACAGUGCUGCCCUCUGACCCUCAGUGGUCCACUUUGCAGAAGGGUUUCCUUUGGCAUAUUCCUCUGACAUAUAAGACAGACAGUUCCAGCAUCAUCCACAGACACCUGAUGACAUCACCUACAGAUAGUAUACAUAUAGGAGAGGAAGCCAGCUGGGUUAAGGUAAACUCCGAUAUGACGGGCUAUUACAUGGUUCAUUAUGAGGAUGGUGGCUGGGAUGUGAUGACUAAACUGCUGAGGGAAAACCACACUGCUCUGAGCUACAAAGACAGAACUCAUUUGAUACACAACGCCUUUCAGUUGGUCACCGCUGGUCAUCUGCCGCUCAAUAAAGCCUUAGACUUAAUCGGUUAUCUGCUACUGGAAACGCACACAGUGCCUCUCCUCCAAGGACUGGGAUAUCUAGAAGCUUUUUACCAUCUGGUUGAGAAAAGAGAUGAGUCAGUUUUAACACAUAACCUGGGGGCAUACAUCUUGCGAUUUUUCCGUGCCGUCAUCGACCAGCAGACGUGGAGUGACAGCGGCACUGUAUCAGAGCGACGUCUUAGGACUGAGGUCCUGUCACUGGCUUGUCACUUGGAUGACCCUCCCUGUGUGAAGCGGGCACGUCAGCACUUCAGCGACUGGCUCCAGUCCAACGGAACCCUCAACCUGCCCACUGAUGUGGCAGAGACUGUGUAUUCAGUUGGAGCUCAGGAUGACCACGGCUGGCCCUCGCUCUUACACACAUACAAGAUUUCCCUCUCUGAGGCACAAAAGCACAAGAUCCUGUAUGCUUUGACCAGCAGCAAAGACACCAGCAAACUUGAAGGCCUGCUGGAGCUGGGUUUGGAGGGAAAGGUGAUUCGAUCCCAGGAUCUGUCCACUCUCAUACUAAUGGUAGCCAGAAAUCCGAAAGGACAUUACCUUGCAUGGGACUUUGUGAAAAAGAACUGGGACACACUGGUUCAGAAGUUCCAGCUGGGCUCAUUUUGCAUUAGAAACAUCAUCAUUGGCACCACAAGUCAGUUUUCCUCUCCAGAAGAACUCACUGAGGUGCAGUCAUUCUUUGAGUCCAUCAAAGAACAGGCUUCUCAGCUGAGAGCUACUCAGAUUGCCCUGGACAAUGUACUGAAAAAUGUCCGCUGGGUUCAGCGGAACCUGGAGACGCUCAGAAAAUGGCUGAAUGAGCAGAUGCAGUAAAAGACAGCAGGGACAAAGGUGGUGGCUUUAACAUACCACAGAGGGACUAUCUCACAGUGUUUUUUUUUAUUUGUUUUUUAUUCAGAAAUGUAUAUGCUUGAAAUCACUGAAGGGUUGACAGACUUGUAAAUACAAAACAUGUGAAUUUCAGGGAAUUUGUUCAUUAAAACAAGAACUAAAAAUUA